ACACAUCCUUUCCUUGUAGAGGUAUUUUAUAAUGAAGUUUAAUAGUUUGCAGUUCCACCCAACUACUUACAGAUAUAUUUUUACUUAAAAUUAUCUUCAUCAAAAGUCUAUUUUCACAAAAUAUUUUCAAAUGUGGCUUUGUGGUUUUGUGUUGAAAAUCUUUCUGUCUAAUACAUUAGCAUAUAAUUUGGAUAUUACCAAUGCUAUUGUAUUUACUACUCCACAAAAUUUAGAAGGUAGACGAAAUAGUUAUUUCGGAUAUGCUACUGCUCUGUACACUAGUAGUAAAAAUGUUUCUGCAGUACUUAUUGGUGCACCAAGAGCAAAUAUAAGUAAAAUUCAAUCUGUAUUAGAACCAGGAACUGUUUAUAUGUGUUUACUUAAUAACGUGUGUAAGGAAUGGAUUGUCGACAAGUCUAAAGAUGAAAUUCAUCAGAAUAGAAAUAAUUCAUGGAUUGGAGCAGUUGUUCUAUCAGAAAAUAAUAGAAUAAAUUCUAAAAUUCUGGUUUGUGCUCCACGAUGGAAAUAUAUAAUUGGUACAUACUGGUAUAUGAAUGGUAUGUGUUAUUGGACUACAGCUACUAAUUUAGAAUCUUUUGAAAAGGAUGCAGAAAAAAUGUCUCUAAUAUCGAUUAAUGCUAAUCAAACUACUUUAUGGAAUAACAUCUGGUUAUAUGAUUUCGGAAUUGGUCAACUUGGUUUUUCUGCUGAUAUAUCAUCUGCUAAUAAAUUAGGCUUGAAUGUUGUUUUGGGGUCACCAGGUAUAUUUAAUUGGAAAGGUUCUGCAGUAUUAUUAACAGAAUCAACUUCUGAUCACAGACAAAUUAUUAUUCCAAAUAACAAAAACACUGUUCUGGAUUUUUUUGAUUACUUGGGAUAUUCAACAACUUCCGGAUUUUAUUUUAGCAAACAAGAACGUUUGUUUGCAUCAGGUUCACCCAGAGGUAAUGAUAUGAAGGGAUAUGUUAUAAUAUAUUCUUUUCCAAAAUAUUCUGGUGAAAGGAUUAAUAUUAGUAAUACCUUGAAUGGUUAUCAGUACGGAGAAUAUUUUGGAGCUACUUUGGCAUCAUGUGAUUUAAAUAAUGACGAUAAAGAUGAUUUAAUUGUUGGUGCACCUCUUUGGACUAGAGAUAUGGACGAGGGUCGAGUAUACAUCUUUAUGGCAUGGGAAAAUAACAAUUUUAUGAAAGAUCAAGAAAUUGAUGGUGAUGUAAGUGGAGGAAGAUUUGGCUCUUCUAUAACAUGCUUAGGAGAUAUUGAUUAUGACGGAUACAAUGAUAUUAUGAUUGGUGCACCGUAUGAAGGAGACAGUGGUGCAAUAUAUUUAUACAACAGUAAUAAAAACGGAGUUCUGAAAUGUAGUCAAAAGAUACUUGGUUCUGAAUUUUCACCAAACAUUCGUGGAUUUGGUAUAUCAAUAUCAAAGCCUUUGGAUAUAAAUAAUGACAAAUACCUUGAUAUUGCAGUAGGAGCAUAUUUAUCUGAGCAAGUUGUUUUGUUACCAUCCAAACCUGUUGUUUCAAUAACAGUAGAUCUUGUGUAUCCUACAAAAACAUUGUCUAGGGAUUCGAAAUUUUUUUCCAUACAUAUAUGUACCAUUUAUGAAGGUGUAUAUGCUCCUAAAAACUUAAAUAUCAUUCGUAAUUUAGAAAUAGAUCCAUUGUAUGGACGAGCGAUGUAUUUGACGAAUAAUACAAGUAAUUUUACUUGCAUUUUACCAACUACGUUAAAAAUAUCCGAACGUCAAUGCGAGCUGUUUAAAAUUCAUCUUAAGAACAAUAUACAAAAUGUGAUUGAUCCAAUUUCAAUAUCUGUAGUGGUAGAUUUUAAUAAUACCACACAAAAAAAUAACAAGUCAAGUAAUAUUUUUCAUGGAUCAUCUGUAGUAAUAAACAAACUGAAUUCAAAAACUAAAGAUGUUAUUCAAUUACCAUUUCUAUUGGAAUGUGGUAGCGAUGAUAUUUGUAACUCAGAUUUACGAAUAUCUCUUCGAACUGAUUUAAAAUCCAAUAAUACAUACAUUAUUGGAUCAUCAUCGAAUUUGAAACUUAUAAUUGAUGUUCAUAAUAAUGGUGAACCUGCUUAUCAGACACAAAUACACAUUUCUAUUCCAAAUCCCUUGUCAUUAGCAAGUAUACCACCAGCGUGCAUGGAAUCAUCUUGGACAAAUAAAUAUAUUUUGCAAGUAAUAUGCGAUGUUGGAAAUCCUCUUACCAAUGCAACCAAUGAAACAAUGAUAUUAGAAUUGGAUACAAGCAAGGUUCGUUUUGAUGUCAAGAGUUUGGAAUUAUAUGCAAAUGUUACUACUCAAAGUGAAGAAAUAAAUGAUUUAAAUAAGAACUAUACUAUGACAAUUUAUUUUGAUAUUGAUGUUGAUAUAGCUAUAGCAGGAAAAGCACAAGAUAAUGUAUAUUCGUACUCUCAGAAAAAUGAAAAAGAUUCACAAAAUAUCAGAUUUAAACAUAUUUAUGAAGUACAAAAGUUUGGAACAAGUCCAAUUUAUGAAGCUGUCUUAAUGAUAGAGAUUCCAACAUAUUGGAAAAACAAAGAUUACAAUAUAGAAUUGAUUAGUAUAAAUCAAACAAUUGCUCAUAUGGAUGGUAAUAUUCUUAAAUUAAAAAUCAAUGAUUUGGAUCAUUGUAAAAAUUGUCAAACCUCCACGAAGAAAAUCGUUGAUAAAUUCAUUGAUGAAUUUGAUAUGAAUAAUAAAUCAGUUGAUAUUCACACAAAAACAGAGAUCAAGUCUGAAGAAAAUUUUACCAACACGGAAAAAUUGGUAAAAAAUACACCUCUUGAGAACAGAAUAUUGUUCAUUAAUUGUAGUGAUCCAAUGAUUGUGUGUAAACAACUUGAAUGUAAACUAAUUCCUUUUACAAGUUCUUUAUCUGUCACCCAACUCAUAAUUACAUUAGAUUUCAAAUUGUCAAAUAUUCCAUCAUUCAUGUUGGAAAAUAAAAAUAUCAUAUUAUUUGUAUCUAAAGGCAUCGUAAAUAUCACACAACCACCCAAUGUUAUUCAAGGAAGCACAAAUAAACCUGAUACAACCAUCAUAACUACAAAAUUCCAGGGAUCUCCAAUAAACGAACGUGUUGCCGGAUGGAUAGUAGUUUUAUCAAUAUUUCUUGGGAUUAUACUUUUCAUAUUAAUUACUCUAGGUCUUAUUAAGUUGGGUUUCUUUCAUAGAAAAAAGAAAGCACAACUAGAGGCUUUGAUAGCUGUAUCAAAUGAAAACAAUCCUAAGAUUUUAGAAACAACUUCGUCCGAAGUUCCUGAUCAAGAUACUAUAGUAAUUACACAAGUUGUUAUACAUACAUUGGCAUAUUCCAUUGCAGCCAUGCUACCUGCAGCAACUAAUCCACUCCAAGGUAUAUUACUGAAUAAACCACCAAACGAAUCUUUUUCUUCGCUCGACUGAUUAUUUCCAUUCGAAGGGCCAUAUGAAGAAGAUGGUGGACCAUAACCCGGAGGUGGAGGACCAUAUCCUCCUGGGAUUGAUUUUGUAUCCAGACUUGGAUACAAACCACCUGGUUCUAUUAAAAUUUAAAUUUAUUCAAAUAGUAUUAAUAUAGUAAUUAUAUUUAAUAAUGCAAUAUCAUAUAAAUAUAAAUAAGAAUGAAAUAUUCUUACGAGGAGGACCAAAGUCUGCAGAUGGAACUGAUAGAGGUGGUGAAGAAUGUGGUGAUCCAACCGGUACAUUUUCAUAGAUAAUGCUGGAUAUUUCAACAUCACCAUCGAUCACUAGAUGCGUAACUUUCUGGUAUGGUAACCGAUGUGCAAAUUCUGCGAAAUGCCUGCCAUUUAUAGCAAUUUUAUAAUUCAAAUGAUCACAUAAAAUAAUCAUUUCAAAUUCUUGACCAGGUUGUAUGCACAGAGGACCUUCAUUUUCAUUUGCUCCCCAUGUCAUGGAUUCAAUAUGAUUUCUUGUAAUAACACCAUCAGAAAAUCGAGGUGAUAUAUGAAUAGCUAUAUCAUCUCUUGGAUUUAAUAUUGGUCCCAAUUGAUAAUUAACAGCAAACCGUACUGCAUUUUCAGGGACUUUACCCCGAAUUCUUACCAUUUUUCCAGGUACUAAACCAUUUUCAACUGCUCCUACGUAAGGAAUUUCCUAUAAAAAAAAUAAAAAAAAAAUAAAACAUUGACACAGUUAAUCUAUACUAUAUAAGUUCAUGUUUAUUAAUAAUCCAGAAAUAUAUUACCAUAGUAAGCAUAAUGUAAUAACAGCAAUGCGGAUAAUUUUAAAAUAUACCGAAUAACACGUAUUUUAUCGGAAAGAGAUAAAUGAUGUAAUAAAGGAUAAACUUACUGGGUUUGUAGCGACUUCAGUUGCCAUUUUAUAAUAAAUUAGAGAUAAAAUAUAUGAAAAAAAUGAUAAAUUUUCAAACUCGAGAUAUAAGGCGUCACCACUGCGUACAAAAAGACGACCCGCGCCUUCUUGGCCUUCACUUAACAAAUUUCUAUUUGCAGUGGUGACGUCUUCAGUAUGAAUCGUAUUAUGCGGAUUAAUAUAUUUAGUUCUUCCCACGAGUGACAGAUGGGGUUAGCAUCUUUUUCUAUAGCCAACUGAUCACUAGGAGACAAAAAGAAUAUAACAAUUCGUAAAACUUUUUAACAAGGAAAAUGUAACCUUGUUAGUCUGAGGAUUUAUUAAUUCAUUAAGAGGAAUUCGGACAAAAGAUAGAAGUUUCAUUUGUAUUUAAAAAUAUUUGACAUCAAAUAUUUAUUUCUUAUUACUUCAUUAAUUGACCAUUGAAUUUGGUCAAAACAAUCAACAAGCAUAGGAUACAAUUCGCCGACAUUCAAGUUUUAAAUAACGACAGUUUAUUGAAUUAUUAAAUGUGAUUGAGAUACAUCGAUAAUCAAAUUAAAUUUAAUUUAGACAUAUUUAGAAAAAAGUAAAGGUUAAUUUGAUAAAUCCUAAUAUAUAUACAUUUCAUUGAAACCAUUUAAGGAAAUGUUUAUAUAUAUUGUACAUAGUAUAAUAUAAUUAUCCUGUGAUAAAUAUCAUGAGCCAUGUUAAAAUCAAGUAAAUCAAAUAAUUCUACUAAAAAGAAAGUUAAAAGGACCAAGGAAAAGAAGAAUAAUUCUAGUAAGUCACAGAAUACAAAAAAUGAAAAAGUGACAGAUGUUGUAAAAAAUAUAAAACAGAAUAUUAAACCAUCACAAUUGCAUGGUAUAUGCAAUUCAUCUGAACAAUCUCAAAGUUCUUCAAUUACUCAAUUAAAUAAUGUUUCGAAUCAGAAAGAUAUAGAAAGAAAUUCAAUAGAAAAUAAAAAUAUGACAUUUCAAAUUUAUGCUAAUAAUCCACCUUCAUUUAAUAGUUCUUAUUUAACAACAAAGGAUCUUUCAUUGAAAAGAAACCCAGAUGAUCUGUUUAAUUUAAUUUAUUCGGAACAAGUUACUUUAACUCUACCAAAUCGAUCAUGGUCAAUAUAUUUUACAGAAAUACCAAUUCGUUGCAUUGUUGUGAGUGAAAUAACUUUACAUCAUGAUAGUGGAUUAGGAUUUAUACCUCUUUACACAAAACAAAUUAUCUUUCAUGAAAAAAUGUCAUAUGAAAUUUUUUUAUUUAAUUCAAAAGCUUCAGAAAAAAAUUUGUCUCCGAUAGAAACAAUAACAGAUGUAAUGAAUAUUAUAACAUAUACGAAUAAUUUGAAACUUUGUAGUGGUGGGCCUGCAGUAAGUCUGUAUAAUAAUAUUAAUAUAGAAUGUGCUUAUAGAGAUAACAAGGAAAAAUGGAGACACAAUUUAUGUAGUUUGGAAGUAAGUGAAGGCGAUACAUGUGAAUUAUGUCUUUCGCUAAAAGAUAUAUUAAAUCGACAUGUACAACGUAAUAAAUCAUCAUCAAGAACAAAAAA